CAGAUAAAUACAGGUCUUUGUAACGCAGGUACAUUCUGUGUAAGAAUAUCAAGACACCAAGAAGAGUUUGUAACCAUGUCUAAGACACCUUCACGUAAACCUGUAAGAAUUAUGCUGUGGACUUCAGCGAGAAGUCUGUCGACUGUUUUCAGUAAGGCAAUUUCUAAUAUUGAUAACUCUCUAGUGUUCCUUGAGCCAUUCCAUACAGCUUACUUAUACGGACCAGAUAGAAAGCAUAUGACUAAAGUGGAUGACCUUCCUCAUGGACUGGAGACGGAAUACAGUUAUGAGAAUGUGCAGCGCAUGUUGGAAGCUGAUUUUCCUGAUCAAGACGUUCUAUGCGUUAAAGACUCUGCGGUGGCGAUUACAGGAAACUAUGACAAUAUACCACGUGGCUUCACUCACAUAUUUCUCAUAAGAAAUCCAAUAGAAAUCGCGGGUAAAAGUUUGGGAUUGAACAAACAGUUUAUGGAUGUGUCGAAAGUUGCCGAACAUUCAAUUAAAGAUUACUUGGCUGGUAGUCCUUUUACUGAUCUCUAUAAUCUGACAGAAUAUGUUGAGACUGUCUUGGGCCAAACUCCAAUAAUAAUCGAUGCAAAUGAUCUCCUUGCCAAUCCAGAAGGUAUCAUUAGAGAUGUUUGCACCAAGGUAGGUUUAUUAUUCACUGACACACUUCUACAUUGGGAACCCGGAGUUGGAAAAAAUUUCAGAUUAUCUGAAACGAAGGCACUGCUGAAUGAAAAGACAGGUAUUUACCAGAAGGCGUUCGAUAGUUGCGGUUUUCAGCCGUCUUUGGCAACGACAUCUACUGAAAAGGAAAUUCCAGAAAUAAUGAAAAUGGCUGUGUCUGUAGCUAUGGAGUUCUACAAUAAGAUGUACGUUAAACGCAUUCAGGUUUGAAAUAUUGUUCCGUGGCUCAUCAGAGAACUGGACAGCAAAGAACAAUCAAUAUUGUUUGUUUUUCUUUUUCUAUAAAUCUGGAAAAACUGUUCUGAUGAAAACCUAAUUUGUUUACUCUUCCAUUUUUUUUUUAGUUAAUGUUUAAAUUAAUUGAUUGUCUCAUAUAUUUAGGCCUACUAAUGCUAUUGAUAAGUUGAAUUUUACAGCUUUUAAAAGUACAAAUAUAGCAAGUUUGAAAAGUUUCAAACAUGCAUUCAGUGUCGGCGCUCCAAAGUACACCGAUACACAGUCUCACCGUUGUCUACUUUUUCCACACAGAGAAAAUCAGUGGCUUAUUGUGUUAAAACACUAUACCACUUACCUUUGUUAUAUAUUUAUUAUUAUUUCGAACAAUCGUCUAACAGGAACGAUCUGUUCCAACUUACUAAGUUGCAAAAAUAACAUCUAAAAUAUAGUCUCACAAGGUUAUAUGGUUAUAUCAUGGUACAGCAUAGUUAAAUCAACACCUUUAAGGACUAAUUUGGUUUUAAUUAUAAUUGUAGGCCUAAUUACAGCCUACUUGUUAUUGGUUUAAAAUCAGUUUACCAUUAAAGAGAUCAUUGAUCACCAUUAUGGCUAUAAA